AUGGCUGACAAGUCCACCUCGCCUCCCACCGCCCACACCAGUAUCGAACCUCCCACAAUGACUGCCGAGAAGUCAUCCUCAGGCUUCGUCAAAUUCUGUGCUUUCAUAGAUGCCAUAGCAAAGCUUUUGAUUGCCGGCGCUCUCAUCGGAAUCCUCGUCGUCCUUGUUAAACUCAACAAUUCGAUCGACAACAACAUCAAUGGCAGGGAUAGCUUCAGCGUUAGAGUCUGGCAAAGUUCCGAUGGUAAUCCUCUGAGGAUCGUCCCCGCCUACGGGCAACAGUUCAGCGUCAAUAUGCAGAACUCAAUCAGCAGCCCUCUUUACUUCAAGGCCGUCAACUAG